AUUUCUUUAACAAGCUGAAGCUCGUUGUUUAAAUAUACAAUAUGUGUGUUUCAUCUAUCGUUCUAAAAGCACUAGAUCCUAGUAUUUAGAGGAAUUCAUCGGGCUUGACGGUUGGUCAAGCGGGACGCGCGGUCAUGUCAUGCGCAUUUUCAGAGAGGACUCUAACUCUGCAUGUAUUCGAAGCGGUCGGAUUUUUACCAAAAAAGUAAAAAAAAGUUUGAAAUGUGCUGGACUGUAUCCUUGCAAAGUAAAGUAAAGUAGUAUGUAAGUAAAAAGUUUGCGCUGAGGGUGAGGAGUGAUAUAUUUUGUAAAAUGAGCGCAUCUGGAUAUCCCAUCAGUUGGGAUGAACAAAAAUGCACCAGUAGUUCUGAUGUCCAUGCAGCGGAAUAUGACAAGUAGCAGGCCGUGACUAACACGAUCCGCGUGAUAAUAGCGUCACAGCUAUAUAUGUUCCAGGGCUCAGGGCUGAAGGCCCCCGCCGAUCUAACUUUUUGAGGGGGGCCCUCUUUUCGAGGGGCUGCCGGGCGGGAAGGCCUCAAAGCGCCCACGUCUGACCCCUUCCCGCUUCUUGCCUGUCCCCUAGAGCGCCACCAAACCGGAGGACGCUGAAGCUGGCAAAGGAGGCAAGGCAGGGCCCCGCUGGCUUGUUGCAUGUACCCUACAGACCUGGCAAAGGCGGCAAAGGCUGGGCCCUCUUGUCGUGUUGCGUGUGCCCUACAGACUUGGCAAAGAUGGCAAGGGUGGCCCCCUCUGGCGUGUUGCAUGUGCCCAACCCUACAGACCGGGGAAAGGUGGCAAGGCUGGACCCCUCUGGCGUGGUCCACCGCAGAUCCAUCCACAGGGGGGGGCCUUCCUCCCUGGUACAUAUAUGACGCAGGGCCGGACGGCCCCCCCUCCCCCCCCUGUGGUCUGGUCUGUGGUGGCGCGCGCGCGCGCUUUUCCGCGCGGAUUUUUCGCGGAUUCUAGUGGUGGAAGGCGUCAAAACUUGGCGCGGGCCUCCCCUUGGGCCUCGCGAGCCUCCUGGCCUCUGCUGACCCUCGCAGGCGGGAGGCCUCCGGGAUAAAAGGUCGCCGAAGGCGGCCACGGUCGCAAGAGCAAGCAAGCUGAUGACUAUCUAAGGGCCCGGAGGGUACAGGCGGCAUGGUUGCGGCGGCGAAGUUUAACGAAUGCACUCAGGGCACAAGCAGGCACCUCGACGGGGGCGCAGGCAGUCCAUUAGGCCCCUUUUGAAGCCUCCCACCACCAUCGGGCUAGCGGAGGCCCCUAGGCAACAGCUUGGUAGCUGGAAGGGAGCGGAGGGGGGAGGGCACUGGGCCCCCUUUUGCGGCCUCUUCCCCCCGGCAGACGCCUUAAAAAGGGGCCCAGGGCGGGGGGGCGGCUGUCGCCCCGCGCCUUGGCGCAUAUAUAUGCUGCCGGGCUCAGUUCUGAAGGCCCCCCCCUCCAGCCCCGGGCCCUUUUCCUCGAGGGACUGCCGGGCAGGAAGGCCUCCAAACGCCCAUCUUUGAGCCCUCGGAGCUUCUUGCGUGUACCCUACAGAGCCCAAACCCCUGGGGACCGACGUUCAAGCACCGACGGCUGGGAGUGGGAGGCUUCUGAAGGCGGCAAAGGUGGCAAGGCUUACCCCCCUUGCCGUGUUGCGUGUGCCCUACAGAUCUCCCGGGUGCGGACUCCUCACGGGGGGAGCUCCUUGGGGGGUGGAGGGCCGUAAGGUGGGCCGAACACUGUAGACUAGAGCUGGCCACAUUAGUCCCACCGCGUAGCCCGCCUAUUAUAAGGGUGACCAUCUUGCUCUUCUUUGACGUGUGACGCGCGACACAUGACGCGGCACGCGUGCCCCACGGAUCGAUCCGCGACCUGUGGAUCGAUCGGCGACCUGUGGAUCGAUCGGCGACCCAUGGAUUGGUCAGGGAUCCGCGGAUCGACCCGCGACCUGUGGAUUGAUCAGCGAUCCGUGGCUUGCUCAGUGAUCCGCGGAUUGCUCAGUGAUCCGCGGACUGCUCAGUGAUCCGUGGAUUGCCAAGUGAUCCGCGGAUUGAUCAAAGACCCACAGAUUGAUCGGCCAGGGAUCCGCGGACUGAUCCGUGGUCGGUGGAUUGAUCAAAGACUCACGGAUCGACCGGCGAUCCGUGGAUUGAUGAAGGGCCUGCGGCUUGGUCAGUGAUCCGGGGACUGAUCAGUGCUCCACGGAUCGACCCAGGAUCCCCGGAUCGAUCAAAGACCCGCGGAUCGAGCAAAGACCCACGGAUCGCCCAAGGAUCCCCGGAUGGGUCAAGGAUCCGCGGAUCGAUCAAAGCCCCACGGAUCGACCAAGGACCCGCGGAUCGAUCAAGGACCCGCGGAUCGUCCAAGGAUCCACGGGGCGGCCAAUCCGUGGAUCGAUCGAGGAGCCGUGGAUCGAUCAACAUCAAGGACCCGCGGAUCGGUCAAAGAUUCACAGAUCUACCAAAAGUCCGCGGAUCGAUCAAAUGUCCGCGGAUCGCUCAAAGAUCCACGGAUCGACCAAAGACCCACAGACCACGCGCCGCCGCGUGACACGUGAAGCACAUCGCGCGAGUUAGUUGCGUGCUGCGUCACGCUUGAAAUUGAGGACAGAGAUCUCGUCUCCCCCUGAGUGAAGCUCUCAGCGUCACGCGGUGGGCGUCACGCGUCGCGAACAGCUCUACGGCAGUCCGUAAGUCCCACGGUGGAGGGCUUGCGAGGGCAGCAGGUGGCGAGGCUUGACCCCCUUGCUGUGUUGCCUGUGCCAUACAGACUCCCAACGGGAGGAGCUUGUCACCUGCUGCCCCUCAGGAGGGCCAAAGGGGCCAGGCCUCGCGACCGUGGCCGCCUUCGGCGGCUUUCUUCCCCCGGAGGCCGUCCCCCUCCCCCUGAUAGAGUCCAAGAGCUGGGACGCCUCUGGGGUACACGCGGAGAGCAGCCAGGGCCCUCCGGCUCCGCCUUUUGAGGCCUUCGCCCCCGUGAGUCCUUACACCUCACCACCGCGAAAAAAAGGUCGCGCGGACGCCACCCCCGCGCCAUCCACAGGGGGGGGCCUCCCUCCCUGGUACAUAUAUAGAUACUAACGUAAACGCUAUGAAUAACAAGUAGAUCUGCUGUACCUGAUUGGCGCUUCUAGUGGUCGCGUCGUGACAGUAAAUUGAGAUAUGUCAUUCUAUGACGACAGUAUUUUUGAUUGUAGGUAUGUUGUAUGUUUCGUUUCAAACUCAGAUUCAAUUCUGGUUUGGGAGAAAUAGGUCAACUUUUAUCCAGUUUCCGUCAUCUGUCAGCUGAUGUCCAGGAAUGAUUAGUCUACAGAGGCUAUUGGCUUAUAGUUCCCUCAGAUAGUCUUAGGGUUUGGCCGUUGUGACACGGUCCUCUUGCUCCCCCGGUAUGUAAGUUUUUAAGGGGUUAUGUAAGUAGUUGAAUGGGAAGCAGCAUGUAGUCCUAUGGAAAAAAAAAAUUACGCAGAUCUUUUGCGAGCAAGAAUGAAGGAAUGAAUGAGUAAGUUAGAAAUAUAUAUACUAGCCUAGAGCGACGUGUAGCUCAUUUCCGCACUAGAAUCACCACGCACCAUCACAAACCAAA